AUGGCAGAGGAAUUGACAGAAAUCUUGCAGAAAUUUGCACUUUCAACCAAAGAAAUGGGAGGCACAACUCUAGAUUUGGGGGAUGCUGAUAAUGGGAUAAUGGAGUGCCAAUCUAGUCUAGUGGGGAAAAUACACGGAGAAAAAGUCGUCAAUUUUGUGGGAGUCAAGAACUUUGUGACUGCUGCGUGGGGAUAUCCAAAGGAAAUGAAGGCUCUGGAGUUGGAGCCAAAUCUGUUUCAGUUCAUUUUACCGAGAGAGGAUGAAAGAUUAAGGGUACUGGACGGAGGACCUUGGAUUAUUGAUAAUCAGAUUUUGGUUCUAAGCAGUUGGUUUGCAGGGAUAGAGGAGGACAAUACAGCUUUUAACUUUGCCCCUCUAUGGAUCCAAGUGUGGAACUUGCCUAUACAUUGGAUGUCAAAGGAAACAGGGAAGAAGAUAGGAGUCAUGAUUGGUGAGGUUAAGGAAGUCAUAAUUCCUCAAGCUGGAGGAAAGGAAGGCAGGCAUAUUAAAAUUAUGGUGAAGACAGAUAUUUCACAGCCUCUAAUGAGGGGUGCGAUGAUCCAACUGAAUGGAGCUCCAAGGUGGAUUAGCUUUAAGUAUGAGCGUUGUCCAGAUUUCUGUUAUAGCUGUGGGAGAAUUGGACACAGUGAGAGGACCUGCAAAAUAGAAGUGAUAGUGGGGAGAGGUCAGUUGGAUAACCAAUAUGGUCCGUGGUUGAGAGCGAGGAGUGGAAGGAGUUCACCACCAAAAACACAGCCUCAGAAAAACUACACAGAUGAUAGGACACAUUGGACUUUCAAAAAUGGGGAACUAAUUCCCAGAACUGUUGGGAGGAAGGAGGUCAACCAGAAUGAGGAACCUUUAAUUGUGUCUGGCCUAGACAAUAGGAUACACAAAGACAACUCAACUUUGUAG